GUGAUAGCAUAGAGCAUUAUUUGAGUCAAUGCAAAGCAUUUGCUAAACUUUCCACUGAUCAGGCCAAAGACUGGAUUCGAGAUAAUAAUCGUUGUUGGCGCUGUGCCAGGACUCACCACACUGCUCAGUGUGACCUGAAGAAGCCCUGCAACCUAUGUCAAGGCAAACAUCUUCGACCUCUACACCAUGUAAACGUUAGAUCUUCCCAGGUCAAGUCAAUUAUUAUUGAGAAAACCUGCCUUACCAAUUCCUCUCCAGACAGAUUUUACCUGGAAAAACCAGUGGUUGGGAACCGUGUCAUGCUGAAAGUAGUACCUAUCCAUGUUCAUUAUGAAGACCGCACUUUAGAUACAUUUGCACUUCUGGAUGACGGCUCUGAGAGGACCAUCUUGCUCCCAAGUGCUGCCAAAUCCCUCGGUAUACAGGGUAUCUCAAGAUCUCUCCUUGCAUACUGUUCGACAAGACAUUGAAGUUCUUCAUGGGUCAUCUAUCUCCUUUCAAGUAUCCUCAACCCACAAGCCUCAAAUUUUUUACAAAAUUGAACAUGCCUUCACUGCUGAUCGCCUCAAUUUGUCACAACAGUCUUAUCCUGUGGAUCAGCUGCAGAAGAAGUAUCACCACUUACAUGGUCUUCCCAUGCUGCAAAUGAAAGAUGUUCAGCCUUUACUUCUGAUUGGGUCAGAUCAGCCCCAUCUCAUUACCCCAAUUGAACCUGUCAGAAUAGGUUCUCCAGGUGGACCUGCUGCUGUCCUCACACUCCUUGGAUGGACCCUCCAGGGCCCGGCAUCAUUCAUGGGGCGGCCUGCAUCCUCCCAACAAUGCCUGCUGACAUCAGUCCUUCCACCUCAAGAUGAGCUCUUUAAGAAUGUCCAAAGACUCUGGCAGAUAGAAGCUGUUCCACACAGAGAUGAGAAAGAGGUGAUUUGAUCUAAACAAGAUCAGGAGGCUUUAAAGUUACUCGAAACCAAGACCAUCCGCACAGAAGUCAAUGGCAUUUUUCGACUUGCAACACCCUUGCUACGGUAGAAAGAUAUGCCUAAGUUGCAUGCCCCUAAGGAAUCAGUCAUGCCUAACCUGCGCAGUAUUGAGAAACGUUUGUUGAAGGAUACGGUGAAAGCAGAGAUCUACAGAGCUGAGCUGGAGAAGCUCAAGCAUACAGGAGCUGUCCAGGAAGUAAAUAAAGAAACAACAGACUCUGAGGAAUGUUGGUAUAUACCUCACCACAUUGUCAGUCAUAAUGGGAAAGCUCGUGUUGUUUUCAACUGUUCCCACCAAUAUCAUGGGCAGAGUCUCAACCAGUAUCUGCUGCCUGGCCCUACACUUGGCGCAUCAUUGUUAGGUGUGCUCAUCAGAGUUAGGGAGCAUCCAGUCGCAGUAAGUGGUGACAUCAAGGCGAUGUUCCAUCAGGUCCGCCUCCUUCCUGAAGAUCGUCCCCUACUGCGUUUCCUGUGGCGUGAUCUGAAAGUGGAGGGACCACCUAAAGUUUUCGAAUGGCAGGUGUUACCAUUUGGCACUGCAUGCUGUUCGUGCUGUGCCACUUAUGCUCUGCAGCGCCAUGUGACCGAGCACAGUGUGUCUGAUGAGUCCAUCAGGUUCUCAGUAGAGAAAUGUUUUUAUGUGGACAAUUGCCUUCAGAGUCUGAGCACCCCUGAAGCGGCGAGGUACCUGGUUGACGGAUUGAGAAAGAUGCUUUCUACAGCUGGAUUUGAGAUACGACAGUUGGCCAGCAAUGUUCCCGGAGUUCUGAGUCACUUACCCACAGAAGCUCAAGCUGAGAGCUUGGAACUUUGGUUAGCUCAAGACAAGACCGACAUUUCAGAGUCAACCUUAGGUCUACACUGGAACUGGCAGACUGAUAGACUGUCAUUCAAGAGCCGACCUGUCGUGUAUAAGUCUACCACCCUCAGGAACAUCUACAAGGUCCUAGCCACUCAAUAUGAUCCUCUCUGACUUCUUUUGCCAUACACUACUCAAGCCAAGGUCAUCAUUAUGCAACUAUGGAAUAAGCAGCGGGGUUGGGAUGAUCCAAACUUACCACCUGAACUCUUGCAGUCAUGGCGCGUCUGGGAGAAUGAACUUCAGUACCUACCAAGCAUAACCCUCCCUGGGACUUAUGUCCCUCCUGAGGUGGAGAAGGAUGGUGCCAUACAUGAAACUCACAUCUUUUCAGAUGCCUCAGAACAGGCAUAUGGAGCCGUGGCAUACACGAGGACCACUGACAAAAGAGGCCAAGUGUACCUGUCUUCCUUGGUAGCUCGAUCCCGAGUAGCACCCAAACGUUCUCAUUCCAUUCCUUGAUUGGAACUUUGUGGAGCUCUUGUGGCUGCUCAGUUAGCCAGAUUGCUUCAGAGGGAACUGACCUUGCAAAGACCACGGUGUUGUGGACAGACUCCUCCACUUUCCUUACCUGGCUGAACUCGGAAUCCUGCCAUUACAAAGUUUUUGUUGGCAAUAGAGUUGCCGAAAUCCAGGAACUAACAGGAAAUUGUUCUUGGUGCUAUGUAGAUUCUGCCAGCAAUCCUGCCGAUGACCUCACCAGAGGCAGACCACUGAAUGUUCUUUCAGGGAUGAAUAGAUGGUCUCAAGGACCUCCGUUUUUACUCCAAGAUCCAGCCACCUGGCCAGUAAUGCCAGGAACAGACCUGACGGAUGACUCCACAGGGCUACAGAAGUCUGCCUUAUGCGGUGCCACUGCAGUACCACCCCGAUCCAGUAUACCAGAUGCUUGGAACUAUCACACCUGGCAAGAACUCCUGGAUGCCACUGCCAAGGAAAUUCCGGUAAACUCUACCUCUGAUUCCUUUCCCGAUGCAAACGAUUAUCAUCAAGCUGAGAUCCUUAUUCUCAAGGGAGUACAGCAGGAGUCUUUUCCCAAUGACUAUCAACAUUUGGAGAAAGGAAACCAGUGUCUGCUGACAGUAAUCUUCUUACCUUAGGUCCUGAACUGGACAGAUUUAGUGGUUUAAUCCGAGUGGGAGGUCGAUUGAGGAGAGCUGAGUCCAUAGAAGAAUGUACCUUACACUCCAUUGUAUUGGAUGCUCAUCAUCCAGUCACCCGUCUACUGAUUAAGCAUUAUGAUUGCAAGCUACAUCAUCCAGGAGCUGAGCGUGUGUUUGCCGAAAUCCGACACCAUUAUUGGAUUAUUCGUGGCCGUGAAGCCAUUCGUCGGCACCAGCAUGGGUGUCCAGAAUGUCAGCAAUGGAUGGCACAGCCAACUAUUCCUAAAAUGGCAGACUCGCCUUCUGCCCGUCUCCGUCUCCACAAACCUGCCUUUUACUCAUGUGGUGUAGACUGCUUUGGGCCAAUGCUGAUUAAAAUUGGGAAGCGCACAGAAAAACACUGGGGGAUAAUCUUUAAGUGCCUAACUACUAGAGCGGUGCACUUGGACCUCCUCAGUACCAUGAAUACUGAUUCCUUCCUGAUGGCCUUUAGGCGGUUUGUUGCACGAAGAGGAACACCAAUGGAACUGUGGUCAGACAGGGGAACAAACUUCAAACGGGGUGAAAGAGAGCUGAGAGAAGCCUUCGCUGAAUGGCUUCUGACUUACAGAAACAGCUUGCUCGACAGAAGAUACAAUUUAAUUUCAAUCCUCCAGCAGCCCCACAUUUCGGAGGAGUGUGGGAGAGAGAGGUAAGGUCUGUAAAGUCAGCCCUUUAUACUACUGUGGAAGCUCAGUCCGUUCCUGAAGAAGUCCUGCUGACAGUCCUCCUAGCGGUAGAAGCUAUUCUUAACUCAAAGCCUUUAGGGUAUGUGUCUUCGGAUGUUGCAGACAUUGACCCAGUAACCCCAAACAGUUUGCUCAUGGGGCGGCCAGAUGGUUCCUUGCCACAGGUAAUCUACCCGGAGUCUGAAUUGUUGAGUCGCAGACGCUGGAGGCAUUCACAAGUCCUGGUGGAUAACUUCUGGCCCAGGUUAAUCCGAAACUACCUCCCAGACCUCCUGACACGGCAAAAGUGGCAGUCCUCACCCCCAGAUCUAACAGAGAAAACGGUUGUUAUGAUUGUAGAUCCACAGAUGCCUAGGGCCCUCUGGCCUGUUGGACAUCUGAUGAAGUCAUCAGGACGCACCACAGUUUGGAAGGACAUGUCAGGUCUGCUGAUGUGGAUAUAAAGGGGC